AUGCUCGGGGGAGCGGCCCAGAGGAGGGCUGUCAGCGUCGUAGACCCGACGGCGCUGUGCAUGAGCUGGCCGCUGGCCUGCCUCGCGUGGCCGCCGCCCCGCCUGCGGGCCCAGCGCGGGCCGCCCAGCGCGCAGAGGGCCGGCGCCGGCGGCGAGGAACGGCCCGCGCCGGGCUCGCCGCGGGCGGGCGGCCCGCGCGGCGAGCCGCAGCAGCCAGAGGCCCGGCCCGCGCCCGAGGCGCUGCAGCUGCCGGGGACGCCCGAGAAACCCCCGGUCCGCCGGCGAGUGUCCGCCGAGCUCGAGCUGGCUUCCCGAGGGCGGGCUCAGCGGCGACAGCUCGCAGGCCAGGCCGGGGCCUGGGGGACCCGUGCUCGCCGCUCGGCGGCGGCCUGGUCCGCAGGCCGGUGGUGGACCGGAGCCUCAUCCGCUGGCUGGGAGAGGACUUCCCCGCGCACUACGCCGCCGAGGGGGAGCCGUGUGGCUUCAUGGUGCCCCUGGCGGUCCUGGGCAGCGCCCUGA